AUGGCGAACAGUGGGCAGAAAGUUGUGCUGAUCACCGGUUGCUCAUCGGGCAUCGGGUUACGAAUCGCCGUUACGCUGGCCAAAGAUGAAAAGAAGCGUUACCAUGUCAUUGCCACCAUGCGGGACCUAAAGAAGAAGGAUAAGCUUCUGGAAGCAGCUGGAGAUACAUAUGGGAAGACCCUGAUGUUGCUCCCGUUAGACGUAUGCAGUGACGAAUCUGUCAAAGAGUGCAUCAACAACAUUAAGGACCGCCACAUUGAUAUUCUGAUCAACAAUGCAGGUGUGGGUUUGCUUGGACCAGUGGAGAGCAUCAGCAUCGAUGAAAUGAAAAGAGUUUUUGACACCAACUUCUUCGGUGUGGUUCGCAUGAUCAAAGAAGUGAUGCCGGACAUGAAGAAGAGGCGUUCAGGACACAUUGUUGUCAUGAGCAGCGUUAUGGGUCUCCAGGGAGUGGUUUUCAAUGAUGUUUACACAGCCUCUAAGUUUGCAAUGGAAGGUUUCUGUGAGAGUAUGGCUGUGCAGCUGAUGAAGUUCAACAUUCGGUUGUCCAUGAUUGAACCUGGCCCUGUUCACACUGAGUUUGAGACGAAAAUGAUGGAAGACGUAGCUAAGAUGGAUUUUCCUGGAGUCGAUGCAGACACAGUUCGAUAUUUUAAAGAUGUUUACCUUCCAUCAUCCAUAGAUAUAUUUGAAGCCAUGGGCCAGACUCCAGAGGACAUAGCUAAAUGCACAAAGAUGGUUAUUGAGUCGGAGAGGCCUCGCUUUAGGAAUCUGACCAACAGCCUCUACACACCCAUCGUGGCCUUAAAGUACGCAGAUGAGACGGGUGGCCUGUCUGUAAACACCUUCUACAACUUGCUUUUCAAUUUCGGUCCUCUCAUGCACAUCACCAUGAGCAUCCUGAAGUGCCUGACGUGUAGCUGCCUGCGCAGACGCACCAUCUCUCCCAACUGAAUAAUAUAGUAUUCAGUUCAUCUACCCUAACCCCCCAGUGUCUUAAUUUGAGGUUCUGGGCUAAGCAGGUAAUGUAGAACGUGGAGCUCAAUGCGAGGAGGCUACUUUUAGAUCUAAGACACUACUAUGAUAAGCUUUGACAGACGAUAUGCGCAAUUGCACAAGUUUUCUUCUGAGGAGAUGGCAUAUCCAGGGUGCCCUGAGUGGAGAGACACAUAUCACACAAUACAACAACACUAACAUUGGUUUUAGCAUACAUUUUAUGAAAAAAAUGCCAUACUUAUUCUUUAAAAUAAGAACCUCAGAGGUAAAAUAAAUAAAUAAAUAAAAACAGCAUGAGAUAUAAAUCUUAUGGACUAAUAUAAAAGCACAAAACUGAACUCAGUUAAUAUGUGAAACGAUGACAUUAUAUGAAACGCCAGGUUAGAAAUAAAUUGUAGCCAAGAUAACGCUAUGUUAAGACUCAGAGUUAUGGCAUUAAUAACAGAGUCAUAAACAAAUUUGCUUUUAAUGUAUUGUGUCUAUAAUUUUAUGUUUGUUUUAAUGUUGUGUUGCUGUGGUCAUAACUGCUGUUGAAUCCUGUUUUUAAUCUUUUGGCAAAUGGAAUGUUUUUGGUUUUUAAAGAUUCAAAGAGGUCCAAGUUGGAUUUUUUUUAUUAU